UCUUGUAAAGAUAACGAUGUUUUUUUCCGGUGUUUCUAAGUUAGAGGACCAAGAAGAAAAGAAAGGAAGAAAAGCUAUUUGCAUCUCACCCUGAAUAUAUUCAAAACUUCUCAAGAUCUUUUCUUCACAUUAAAAAGUUAACAAGUACAGCUUAAACUGAUGUUGCAUAGGUGAAAUAAAGUGGCAACUUAACAUUCUUAUUGAUUGACUGUAGCAAUGCUCAUUAAGGCUUGAGUCUCACAGGCCAUGGAAGGUGCAGAAUAAAUUAUGCAGAUUUGUCACUGCUGUUUCAGUAUUUGACAUUGCUAGAUUUGGUGGUGGCUGUGUUCUGACCAGUUUGUGUUCAGUGUGCUGAAUGGAAAAGGUCUGGGUCCAGUGCUGUUUCUAGAGGCAGAGUGCCCUGGCUGUUUAUGCACUGUCAAGAACAGCCAUGGCUGGAGCAAGACUGUAUUUUCUGCAAGUGAGAGGAGGAAACAGAGGUAGCAGUGGAAAAUGCUGCAGUGAAUAUAGUUUUAAGAAAUAGAAUAUGCUUGUGUUUGGGGCUGCCAGCCUGAUACCACACUCCAUAGCAUUCCAUCCAUAGCCUUACUUUCUUUUAAGUAGAGAAGGAUUCAUAUAUGAGUGGAAGCCUGUGUGUUUUGGUUUAUAGAGUGUGUAGAGGUAAAUUCACAGGAGUGACUCAGUUAAAGAGACAUGCUCAAGGCCUCUGAUGUCAAUAAGCAAACUUGUGAUCUUCUUCUGGAGUUGGUACAUUUGAAAGAACUGUUAUUUAAUCUCUCUCAUGAGAAAUAUUUUCUCGUCUCUUCAUGGAAGUGAUUGUCUGGUGGUCGGAGUACCAAAUGCUCUUAUAUAAGGACAUACAAGUGCUGGAUAUCUUCAUCAGUUUUCCAGAAAAUGAUUUUGAAAACUUCAUUGCCUUGCAUUACUCUUCAGACUGAUGAAUGUUUUUUGUAUUUUUUUUUUACUAUUUCACUAUCAUUGGUUAAAACCAGAUCUUUAGUUCUGAAAUUGCUGGUUUAAUUAGAUGCCAGUAUUAGCUUCUCUUGCUCUGUUUUUAUGUGUCCGUUCUGCCUGAUGCUGUUCUUUAUGUAUUGCAUAUUGCUUCCAUUCUGUUUGAUAGCUGCAGUCCAAAGCAUGAAAUCAUGAUAUGCUCACCCAGAUUAGUACCUUGGUGCUGUUGGGAAGGCAGGUCUUGUCUUUCUCCUUCCCUACUCAUGUUGCUCCCAGCCAUGAAGUGCUCUUUGCCCACCUGCUGUUGGCUGAUGCUCCUCUGCUCUCAGAAAAGAAAAUCCAGUUCAGUUUGCAAAGCAGAAUCAAAGAAUGCAACUUAAUUUUCUUUUCAGGUUUAGUUUUCUUCCAUUUUAGUGAGCUGUGCACUCCAGUGGUUGUCAGAGGUGUUUCUGGACAAGUGUCCAGGAGCUUGACUGGGAGCGUGCAUGUAUGGGAAAUCGGAGGGGACAGCAGGUGCAUCCCUUGUGUUCAUGUCUGGGUACAUCAUGACACUGCCUGACUCCUUCUGUGCUCUUCAGUUCACUCCCCUUCCUUACUCUAUGUUUUCUUGAUGGUGCUGUAUUUGUUAGCUGCCAGCUUGGUCAGCUGCUCUGGAGCAUAAAUGUUAAAACUCCAGAGAGAAUGGCAAGAAGAUUAUCUGACAAAUUGAUGUAUCUGUGUGUCUGACCUUCUGCUUGAGAAUUACUUGGAUUUCAUGCUCAGUUCAGGAGCCUUUGCUGUUUAUGAAAGUUUAGGUGUUCUAGUUGGUAUUAAUAAUCACACAUUUGUCUUUUAAAGCUGAGGCACCUCAUGUUGAUUAUCAUAUUUAUGCUUAACAGAGCUUUCCCCUUUUUCUGCAUCAAAGCAAGAUUUCUGCUUAUGCAGUUAUGUUGUCAAGUACUCUGUUGUCAUAUGAAGUCAUUUGUUGCACUGAUGCUCCCAUUUAAGGAAGACCUCAUGUAAACACUGGACAAUGUUGCCUACACCAAGAUUAGAAAAUACAUUUUAAAACCUCAUCAAAAAUACCUGUGAUAGUAUUAAUCAGGUUAAAAUUCCCUCUAUCCUUUCUCACUGACUGAUCUCCAUUACAGGAGUGUAAAUUAGGAAUAAUUCUGUUAAAGCCAGUAAUUUCACUUCUGUAAGAGUUGAAUUAAGUCUUUGAGUAUCUCAUGUAGCAAUUUUUUUUUUCUUGGAGGAGGUGGGGGAGGGGAAAGGAUGAGGUAAAAUCCACUUUGGGUUGUUAAGGAGUACUUAACACUUCUCAUGUUGUUACAAUGCACUUUGCAAACGGAUGUGUUUGGAGAAUAAAUCUUACCGCUAGCUCUUGUGAGAGCCAGAAGCCUAGAAUAAAAUCAGAGGCUUGUAGACUUGGCUGCAUACUGUAAAAGAUGUAAAUAUCAGACAGUUGCAUUGCUCAUAUUGAUCUGACCAACAAAUAUUCAGCCAAAUAUGUCAGAGGAAAAUUAUUGUGUGUGUGCUGAUGGACCAUUAAUGCUUCUGAGCAGCAAGUCACCUAAGGCUUAUAUUAAUAGUCAAAACAUGCAUUAGUAAGUCUUAAUGCUGUGCUUUUAAACUUUCUAGUACUCCAGGUUUAUGUAUUUUCUGGUUACAGCAAGGAAAAGCACAAUCUUGGAGUUAAUAACAGGUUAUAUUUUAUUAAACUGAAAAGCUGAUUGUGGACUCACCCAUUCUAACCUUCAGAUUUUACUGACAUUUGCUAAACCUUAUGAAAUGUCUGUUCUUUAGCAGUGUCUGAUUUCUUCAGCGUGGUGGAUUGGUGACUGAAUUUAGGACCCAAAUAAAAGCUUUGUUUUGGAGUAAAAACAAAGCAAAUCUAACUUCCUUCCUCUCCCAUCCUAACCUCUACCAGGGGGAAAGGAAGUUCCCUGAAACUUCACAUGUUGUUUUCCUCCUAUAGAAGAUUUUCUGGGUGAAAGUUUUGCAAAAUGAGAUUUGAAGCUUCAAAACUACGGAGAACUGGAAUAUUUUCCCCGUUUUCCUUUCUCAAAUUUUAGUGGAUCAUUGCCAACUGUAAAACACUUCAUAUAUUCAGUGGAAAGUUUGAGGUCUUUGAGGAUUAUUUGGGGUUUUUUUCCCCUUCUGCCUGAAAGGGAAAAAAUAUAGCAUAUCUGUAUUUUUGAAGUGUGUUGAGUGAAGAACACAAAUGUUGAAGACUUUUGAGGCUUCUGAUUAAUGUUUCUGCUGUUCAGUUUUCAUUCCAGACCUCUGAAGUAUUACCAUUUUUUUCCUGCUUUGCUAGAGACUUGUGCAUUUGCGUGUUAUUACCUCUCAGGGAGCACUGGGGUAAAACGAAGGUCCCUUCAUUAGCCCAACAGCUGAAUUUUGCUGUUUGUUCCCUGUUGCUGAGGUGUGUAGCUGUGACUGCAUGGCCACUGACUGAAAUGGAUUAGGGUGAUGUGAUGGUAAGAGGGUUUCACUUACUUCAGAAUGACUGGUAGGUUUGAGCAGCUAGCAUUUGGUGCAAUGUUUAAUUUGCAUAAAUAUGAAUGUGCUUUUACACGCUGCUAGGAGGUGGAUGUAUGUUAGAUCAAAUGUCUCAAUUCUUCCAUGUGCAACACAUGAAUGAAAAGUCUCAAAGGUGGGAAGAACAACUAUUUCUGUGAUGAGGGGACGAGGGGGACACAGAUCUGUGUUCCAUAAGAUGCAUGCUUCAUGCUCAAGCUUUCUUUUCAUAUGUUACAGUGACUUUGGGAGGAAAUAUACUUGUCUGUUUGUCUCUAAACUUGUUACUAAGAGAUUUCAAAAUCUGUUUAGAAGAAGUUUGCAUUGAAAGGCCUGAGUUUGUGUUUCAAAAAAAGGAAGAUGAAGCACUGUAAUCAAUUAUUACACAGGGAGCAGAAGGGUUUUUAAACUUGUGAAGGAGUUUUAUUUCCUAGAUUUUUAAUCUAGAAUGUGGGUUUUUUUUUGUUUUUUUUUUUUUUAAUUUAUAGAUGUAGGAAUAAAAAAAUAAUCUAAGUGACUGAUGACUCGUUUUAUAGCAAUUUGCAAAUUUAAAUUCUAUUCUGUUCCAGUUGCAUGGAAGGCAUGUAGUGUAAGUCAACUUUACUGGUUUUUAAAUUUUCCUUGCUUUUGAGUUUCAUUCAGCUUUAAUAUUCCAAGUAUUGGAAAAUGGACAACUUGAAAUAUUUACAGUUGUGCUGCUGUUAUGACUGUUUAUUCAGAUUUCAUAUGUUUAAAAAAAGCAACUCAAAAAACCAAAUGAACUGGUGGCUGAGUUUUAAACUCCUUAAAAAUAGGAGGGAAGGGAAGAAGUUUAUUGCUGUUUCCAAUUCCUUCUAAAAAUAUUUCUGUUUACAAAUUGUUUACAGCUACUUACUUCUGCUCAAGAACUCUAGAAGAAAACAGUUAGUGGUAGCUUUUUACAAGGCGGGAGUUGAGCUUUUUACAAGGCUUGUAUUUCCCAGCUGGUGUUAGAGUACAUCUGGAAUCUAUGAAAUUCCUUUCUUUGUUCCUCAUUUCCUGUUUCAUUGAGCGCUACAGUGCAACAUUCUGAAAGCUAUUUCUCUUAGCAUCUUCUAAGAUGUGCAUUUUAAACCAAUUAGUGAGUUCUUAAAGGUGAAGCCAAAAAUCUUCCUACAUAUCCGGGGCCAAACAAGAUGAGGGAUUGCUACUGUACUGUAAACCUGGACCAGGAGGAGGUUUUCAGGACCAAAAUAGUGGAGAAGUCAUUAUGCCCCUUCUAUGGAGAAGACUUUUACUGUGAAAUUCCUCGGACCUUUCGCCAUCUGUCAUUUUAUAUUUUUGACAGAGAUGUUUUUCGAAGGGAUUCCAUCAUAGGAAAGGUAGCUAUACAGAAAGAAGAUCUGCAGAAGUAUCAUAACAGAGACACCUGGUUUCAACUCCAGCAUGUUGAUGCUGAUUCAGAAGUACAGGGGAAAGUCCACCUGGAGCUGAGACUGAGUGAAGUCAUAACAGACACUGGUGUUGUCUGCCACAAGCUCGCAACUCGAGUUUUGGAGUGCCAAGGGCUACCCAUUGUGAACGGGCAAUGUGAUCCCUAUGCCACUGUUACCUUAGCAGGACCCUCCAGAUCAGAAGCCAAAAAGACUAAAGUUAAAAAGAAGACCAACAAUCCACAUUUUGAUGAAGUGUUUUAUUUUGAGGUUACAAGACCCAGUAGCUACAACAAGAAAUCCCAUUUUGACAUUGAAGAUGUAGAUGAAGUGGACAAAAUGGAGAUUAGGGUUGAUCUUUGGAAUGCCAGUAACUUGAAGUUUGGUGACGAGUUUCUAGGAGAACUGAGACUCCCUUUGAAAUUUCUCCGACAGUCCAGUUCUUAUGAAGCAUGGUAUUUUCUGCAGCCCAGAGAUAAUGGUAACAAGUCAUUGAAGCCUGAUGACCUUGGUUCCUUGAGGUUAAAUGUGGUUUACACUGAGGACCAUGUUUUUUCCUCAGACUAUUACAGUCCACUGCGAGAUGUCCUGCUAAAAUCUGCAGAUGUUGAGCCUGUUUCAGCAUCAGCUGCACAUAUUUUGGGUGAAGUUUGCAGAGAAAAGCAGGAAGCAGCCAUACCUCUGGUCAGGCUUUUCUUACACUAUGGCAGAAUUGUGCCUUUCAUAAGUGCCAUUGCGAAUGCUGAAGUGAAGAGAACUCAAGAUCCAAACACCAUUUUCAGAGGAAACUCGUUAACUUCCAAAUGCAUUGAUGAGACAAUGAAACUGGCAGGGAUGCAUUAUCUGCAAGUUACACUAAAGCCAAUUAUAGAUGAGAUCUGCCAGGUCCAUAAACCUUGUGAAAUUGAUCCUGUGAAAUUAAAAGAUGGUGAAAACCUGGAAAAUAACAGGGAAAAUCUGAGGCAGUAUGUUGAUCGCAUUUUUACUGUAAUUACAAAAUCUGGUGUAAGCUGUCCUACAGUGAUGUGUGAUAUUUUCUUUUCACUGAGAGAAUCAGCUGCCAAACGUUUUCAAGGUGACCUAGAUGUAAGGUACACAGCUGUCAGCAGCUUUAUUUUCCUGAGGUUCUUUGCUCCUGCCAUUCUUUCUCCAAACCUCUUUCAGCUUACACCACACCAUCCAGAUCCUCAGACUUCUCGAACAUUGACACUUAUCUCUAAAACCAUUCAAACACUAGGCAGCUUAUCAAAAUCUAAAUCUGCCAAUUUCAAGGAAUCUUACAUGGCUACAUUUUAUGACUAUUUCAAUGAACAGAAAUAUGCAGAUGCAGUAAAAAAUUUUCUAGAUCUGAUUUCAUCUUCAGGAAGAAGAGAUCACAAGAGCAUAGAGCAACCUAUAUUGCUUAAAGAAGGGUUCAUGAUCAAGAGAGCACAAGGAAGAAAACGAUUUGGUAUGAAAAAUUUCAAGAAGAGAUGGUUUCGUCUGACAAACCAUGAGUUUACCUAUCAGAAAAGCAAAGGUGAUCACCCUCUGUGUAGCAUUCCAAUUGAAAACAUUCUGGCAGUGGAAAGGCUAGAGGAAGAAUCCUUUAAAAUGAAAAAUAUGUUCCAGGUGAUCCAGCCUGAAAGGAGAGUCCUGUAUAUCCAAGCAAAUAAUUGUGUGGAGGCCAAGGACUGGAUCGAUAUCCUCACCAAAGUUAGCCAGUGCAACAAGAAGCGCCUGACGGUCUAUCAUCCCUCAGCCUAUCUCAAUGGCCACUGGCUCUGCUGUAAAGCUACUGCAGACAACACCCCUGGCUGCACACCCUGCACAGGAGGCCUGCCAGCAAAUAUACAACUGGAUAUAGAUGGAGAUCGAGAAACUGAGCGCAUCUACUCUCUUUUCAACCUGUAUAUGCCAAAAUUGGAAAAAAUGCAAGAGGCCUGUGGGAGCAAAUCUGUGUAUGAUGGACCUGAAGAGGAAGAGUAUUCUACAUUCAUCAUUGAUGACCCUAAGGAGACGUAUAAAACACUAAAGCUGAUUAUUGAAGGUGUUGGAAAUUUAGAGCAGGAACACGCUCAGUAUAAGAGGGAUAAAUUUAAGAAGACAAAAUAUGGAAGCCAAGAACAUCCCAUUGGUGACAAGAGCUUCCAGACAUACAUCAGGCAACAGUCAGAGAUCUCAGCACAUUCCAUAUGAAGUGCAAAGGAAGUCGCAGGACAGUGCUGAAGGGUUGAUUAGUGAUGCUAAAUAGCAAAACAAAAGGGAAGCCACACAUGUAGCAAAAUGUAUGGAUAAGUGUCAAGCUUACAAACUUUGAGACUUGGUAAAUGUAUUCUCUUUUCAAGAAACUGUUAUAAUAGUUGCUAUGCACUUUAUUCAUCUGGUUAUUGACAGAUGAUAAAACCCUGCCUUCUAGGCAGUUGUCGUGUGUAUUUUUAAAUUUGCUUUGGUUUCUUGGAAUCUAGUGAUCAGUUCAAUGAUCAAGGUGUGUGGACUUCAUCUUGACAAUUCCCAUGCAAUUCCUUGUGUUUUGGAAACCAAGCAUGCUGCUAAUAUGCAGCAUUUUCUAGAAAGGUUGUUUGUUACUGUUUUUUGUUCCUGAUUAAUGUAUAUUAUGCCACACCCCCUGCUUGCUCUCUUAGGAAAAGCUUAGUAACACUUUACUUGUGAUGCCUGCAUUUAGAAAAGAAGCAGAGAAAAAUCCCUCUGGUGUAAUCCUCUACAUUGUAGCGUGUAUUCUGAGCAGGCCAAGGAGCAGGCCUUUUGUUUUUACAGCAGUGUAAUUUUUGCUAACUGUGCACAGUUUUUAAUAGAAAUUCAAAUCUGAAUGGUACUCUUGAUAUUUUUGAGAUACAAAGUCAUUUCUCCAGGCACAUUCAGCAGACUUUGGAUUUGAAGAUGCAAUCUCAGCAGUGUAAUAAAACUGACUCUCAUAAAUAUGAGUAAGAAAAAGAUGAACUCAUGUCAGAGCUACGUGUCUCUUACACAGUCCAGUGAAUGGUAAUCUUUGAAAGUCUGCCAACUGAAAGGCAAGGUAAGCUGAUUUUGAUGACCUUUUAUCAGCACAGUGAGAAGGACAAAUAAAAUAUGGAUCUGGCAGCUGAGACAUGCUGAUUCCCAGGCACAAAAGCCGUCAGGAUGGGUUUUCUCUGAAAGGAUAUUUAUGCACUGGAGUCCAUGCUAUCCUAGUACCACUUGCUUUUCUGGAAAAUAGAUUUCUACUUUUCCAAAAAUGUUUUUAAAUACUUUUUAAAAGAGACUUGUUAAAUGAUAUUUAGUAUAUUAACAUGCAUAAUGAUAACUUGGUAAUAUUAUGAGUAUAGUAAAAAUGGAAUGAGCUGUGUAUCUCACUAAUACCAACAAAAGGAGAGGAAUAAAGAUCUUCUAAAUAUUCAAUGCAUAUUUAUGUAUGCUGUUUAGCUGUACACAAUAAUUUUUCUCUGUGUAAGGGUCUGAUACACAAACAUCUAGCUUUGAUGGCUUGGAAGCCUGCAUGAUGGACUUUAGGCCUCUGUGGGGUAGAAGCUAGUACAGGUUUUAAGCUGAGUUGGAUCAGAAAGCAUUGAUCAGUUUAAUGUGAAGAUGUCUGUCUUUGCUUCGUGUGUUUAAGAAUAAUUCUUAACUGUGUCCUCAUUGCAUCUGAUAUGAUUUAAGAUGGCUAAAGUACUUUGAAUGCCUCUGUUAGUGAUGUUCUUAGGAAUUAAGUUUUGGUUUUGUUUGAAUAUAUAGUAGACUACCUUCUAGUAGAUGAUAGAUGAUCUUUUAUUCAUCUUCACCCAGCAGACUGGGAAAAGGGAAGUAAUGAAGCAUUGCAAAGAUGCAUUUAGGACUCCAAGCUUUUAGCUGCCAUGAACUGCAAUUUUUAACAUGUAUUUGUAACUUAAUAUUGUUUAUAAAAUACUAAUGACCUGUAAUGUGUGUUCUUCUUGCCAAUUAAAAGAAAUGGUUUAUUUCUGA